AUGAGCAUGGCCUCCCAUCUGGACACUGUUGCUGUGAUCCUGUCACCGCGCAGGGGUCCUGUUGUCUUUCCAACCCAGGUUGAAGUUCCAGAUGCACAAGGUGCUAAGUUGUUCAUUGCAAAGGCAGAGCAUGCUGGCGCAACAAUAGCACAUGCAGAUCGAGGACUUGUGGAGUACUCGCAUCGGCCUGACAUUGCAGUGUUUGCAACAAGGCCUCAUCGCCAAUGCUCAGGCGGUCUCGUUCGCCCCCUUCUUGUUCACAACACGCCCCGAAUCUCUCAUUGCAGUAUUUGGAAGCAAUUGACUUCUACGCCUCGCCGAAUGCCCUCUUCAGUCAGUUGGGACCGACGUGGCGAGGAAAGUGGCGGGCAUGGGGCUUCACCCCUCGGUGUGGUGCGCGGAGUGGCCACGGGCAUCGUCUGGGACGACGCACCCGCGUCGAUCUGCGCAGACGGGGCGGUUCGAAUCGGCGAAUCGUCAAUGGGCGGCCGGCGGGAUCGUCGGGCUCAAUGCGCAGCGAAUGCGCGAGCCGCUCCCGCAAUGGGCAUCCCGGUGAACGGAGCGGUCAUGGGGCUCUGUGGCGAACAUGCACGUGGAACUGGGGACCUGUCUGAAGGGGAGGUCGCCGGGCGCUUCACCGGGAGGGGCGGACCAGUUAUGGGCCCCCGUGGUGGCUGUGGCGACGGUAGUGUCGACCUCUCUGAAGCGGAGGUCGCUGGGCAGUUGGCGGGGAGGGAUGGACCGGUGUUCGCGCCUGGUGAUGAUGAGGAACCUGAGGUGCAUUUCAUCGCGACGAUCGAGGCCUACGCUCCGGGGCUGGGCGCGGAGCCACGAUCCGGGCUUCCGAGGGGGAGCGAUGGCUCCCGUGCGAGCGGGCGGGGCGGGGUAGGGUCGCGGGCACAGGCGAGGCAGAGCGUGGAGGCGGACAUGAGCCUUCCGCUGAGGCAUCUGUUGGGCCUGUGGGGCGUGUAG